UCAGCGUGGAUAAGUGCGUGACUGCGCAGCGCGAGAGACAGUCCAGAGACUGUCAGGAUCAGGAGACGGUCGUGAUCGCGCUCUCUGUGGAUAAUUAGACUGUGCACCUGCUCCGGAACAUCCUCUACCCAAAACCUGCUAUAAAUACGAAUAAAACAUGGAGCAAAGUAUUAUUCCUCGCUCCUUGUGGACUAACGACAGCAAAUUUCUCCACCACCAUGUCACGGACUUCUUCACCAGUGUACAAGUUACACAGGAUAUACCAGCUGGAACAUCAUUCGGACCUUGUGUUCUUCAUAAUACCUUUUAUGACACCAUAGCCUUCAUUGGAUUGAAGUCCUUUGACAAACGGAAUAAAUCAUAUGUGUUUCGGGUAGACCCUGAGGCAAUGAAAGGUUCUCCAUUAGUAGUUCCUUGGCUACGGUUAGUACAGGCUGCAAUGAGCACAGAAGACCAGAAUACUGAGGCCUACUUAAAAGGAGGACAGCUGCACUUUCGGACUAUUCGAGAUGUGAAACAAGGGGAAGAACUGCUUGUUUGGUAUGAUGAGGAGUUGUCACAUCUUUUGGGGUUUGAAGACAUAAAAACAAAAGCUCUGACAGAUGGAUACACAUGUACCAGAUGUGGCCAGGCCUUCAAGAAUGAAAACCCUUUCCUUGCCCACUGCCGUUUUUUAUGUGCACAGGAAAAAGUAGACAUCAUCCGACCGACCAACGAACAGAAACCAGAAAUCAAGCGACAACGCAAAAUCAUAGAUUUUCAUAACAUUGCGAGAGACCUGGAGCACAAAAUGAGCGGUUCUCCAGAAGACCCGGGCGUUCCUAGAAAAAGAAAACAAGAGGGCUCCCUAAGUCCCCGGAGCAAAAAAACUGUUUUAUUAGAGAAAACCAACAUCACGAAUCACGACAACACAACCAACGUCAACAAAGACUGUGCGCCUUUCCAGGAUUUGUCAGAAUCUGAUAAAUUAUCAACAAACGAGUCGAAGAUAAGUAAAAGCAGCGCAUUUACCGAGGUUCAAAAACCAGCAGAGCAGUCAAACCCCAAGCGGUUAUCCCGGGAUGUAAUGGCGCCUGAAGCAGGCCUGCAAUCAGACUGCAGCGCCUUCUCAUUCGUUGUACCGAAAAGCGCGCAAUCGGAACAGAAGAGCGCGUUUUGUGAACCCAACAAACGCACCAUCACCGAAGUUCAGAAUCCCUCGCCGGCACGUUCGGAUGAAAUCUCAGACUCUUUCAAAUCGAAACCUUCAUUGGGAUACAGAAACGUAUUGGCUUCGCACCUGUUUCAAGCUGACUUGUCAAGCGCUCACGCAGGUGGAGCGAUGUCCUCUCCGCUGGCUUCAGGAGGAUCCUUUUAUUACGCUCCCGAGCACUGGACCAGAUCUAUAGGUGGCCAGCUGCAGUCUACAUCUUCUUUGACACUUCUGCCCCCCACUUACACACCGCUGAGUGUUUCGGUGCAGAACUGGUGCGCCAAAUGCAACCUCUCGUUCCGAAUGACCUCCGACCUGGUGUUUCACAUGAGGUCCCAUCAUAAGAAAGAGUUCGCCGCAGAGGCUCAGGUGAGGAGGAGGAGGGAAGAGAAACUCACCUGUCCCAUCUGUCACGAGUACUUUCGAGAGCGUCAUCACCUCUCACGUCACAUGACAUCACAUAAUUAAGAAGAAAAACUCCAUCGCACUUUAACCAGGUACAUACAAGUAAUUAAAAUGCAUUGACCAUAAAUUAUGCAUUUACAGUGUGAUGGUCCCUUGGAGCUACCCAACUGACAAAAAUACGUUCCAAGAUCGUUUUGCUAAUGUUCCCGAGAUAUGAAAACGUGUUUACGUAGUGUUCUCUGACUCAGUUUUUAAUGUUUGAAAAACGCAGCUGUAAGAACCUUAAGGGAGCCAUCCAUUUUAUAAGUUUGCAAACAUUAUGGGAAUGUUAUGUUUGACUGGACAUGCUAAAACAGGUUAGACGAACAGUCAGCUAAAACAUUUUGAAAUUCCAGGUAAUACAUUCGAGUUUUGAGAACAUUAAAGUAAACUUUCUAUUAACGUUGUUCAGAGAACGAUGCCAGAAUGUUUUGAGAACGUUCUCUGUUCGCCCGGCGGCAUUUAGGUUAUAAGAAACACUGUCAGAAUAUUCCGAGAACAUUUUCUGUUAACUGGGUAGGUUGCUAUUGGACAGGGGAAGUAUUUUCCUGUAGCAAUACAUUACAGACUGACUAAAAACUUUUCAACCAUUUACCUUUGGUAAAGAUUCGUUAUCUCUUUCUCCAAAGGUCAGAGUCAUUUAUGUAAUGUAAUAUUUUAAACGGUGGGCUUUGGUAGUGCAAUUCAGGAUAGGCCUAUAUCGCCACUAGGUGGCUGUAGACAUGAAUAACUUUCUCUUUAGAGGUAGCUGUACCUAGUACAUUUAGUUGUGACUAAUACUGUUGAACUGCCUGGUCAUUUUAACUUAACAGUGCCUUACAAAGUCAGGAUGAGUACAUAUAAAUGCUAUUGAAAAACUGUAGAAUAAAAUGCUCUAGCAUUUUUAGGUUUGCUAACAGUUGAAACUAUUAUAAACUAAUAGCAUUGCUUUGUACAGAGAUUUUAUAUUUGAAAUAUCCAUCCCUUCAGAAAGCCAAAUCUUUGUUACAAAGUUCUUUUCAGAUGUCCACUUCUUUUUAACAUUUUUUUUUAGCAGCACAGCGACAAGGAGGAUGUAUUUAUUUAAUUAUGUUCUUGUUCUGUUCUUUUCUGAGAUAAGUACAGUCAUUGUAUUUCAUUAAAGAAUCUGAGCAUA